UAAACUCUUGAAAACUAGUGUAAACUUUAACACAGAAGUAUGUAGUGAUAGUGAUAGUAAGUGGCGAUGAGGGUUUUGCUUUAAUUCCCGAAGAAUAUCAAAAAUGUCCACUUUUAUGUGGUCGUGUCCGUGUUGCCUACGCUUCAAAUUCAGCCCCGAAGAGCUGGAGCAGCGCUACAAAAGUCACGAAAUUGACAAAAUGAUUGAAAAGGACAGACAAGCGAUGAAAAGGCAGGUCAAACUCCUCUUGUUAGGCGCUGGGGAGAGUGGGAAAUCAACAUUUCUUAAGCAAAUGCGAAUAAUUCACGGGAUCAAAUUCGAAAACCAUCUCGUAAAAGAAUAUCAACAAGUGAUUUACCAAAACUUAGUGAAGGGGAUGAGGGUUCUAGCGGACGCACGGGAUAAGUUGGGAAUACCGUGGGGUGACAAUAAUAAUAGUGAGUACGGUCAAAAGUUGCUGGAGUUUGAUAGUAAAACGGUGCUGGACUCUAAAAACUUUAAUCAAUUUAGUCCUCUUUUAUCCAAACUGUGGAAAGACAAUGGAAUAAAAAGGGCCUACGAACGGCGGAGAGAAUUUCAAUUGAGUGAUUCCGUAGAAUAUUUCCUGAAUAACCUCGAACGGAUAUCCCGACCGGACUACAUUCCCACCAACCGAGACAUCCUCCACUGCCGGAAAGCCACCAAAGGAAUCACGGAGUGCGUCGUCCCCAUCAACGGUAUCCCCUUUUCCUUCGUCGACGUGGGCGGACAACGGUCCCAGCGACAGAAAUGGUUCCAGUGUUUUAACGCCGUCACCUCCAUCCUCUUCCUUGUCUCCUCUUCCGAGUUCGAUCAAGUCUUGUUGGAAGAUAGGAAGACCAAUAGGCUAGAAGAAGCUAGAGACAUUUUCGAUGCGAUUGUCAAUAACGUUAAUUUUAUCGGCGUGGCUAUUAUGUUGUUUUUGAAUAAAUACGAUUUAUUGGAGAAGAAGGUAGCCAAUCCAGAAACGGACAUCCGCUGGUACUUUCCCCAAUUCAAGGGAAACUCACACUCAAUGCAGGACGUUCAGGAUUUCAUCCUUACCAUGUUCACCGGCAUCAAAAAGGACCCGAAGAAACUCCUCUAUCACCACUUCACUACCGCAGUAGACACGGAGAACAUCAAAGUCGUCUUUAAUUCAGUCAAAGACGCUAUCUUACAUAGGAAUUUGGAGAUUUUGAUGCUACAGUGAGAUUUAGAUAAACGAGAAACGUAUUUAUGUUCACCAGGCUGUGUUUAACACAACAUAAAGUUGAUUAAGACUGACUCGAUUUUAUGAAAGUGCAGGGAGUCUGUUAUAUCUCUAUCAAAAGAAUUGUUAUAUUAAAUUGUUGAAUCUGUUGCCUGUGUGGGUCCAUUUCAAGUAUUGGAAAAUGAAAUAAACGAAUAGUCUUACUCACAAUCACUUAUAUUUUAGCACAGGUGACCGAUUUCGCUUUCUAUAAUAUAAAAAACAUCAUCAGGUCUCCGGAACAGUCAAAUUAAAUGCUAAAAUUACAAUAACCAGAAUUAGUAAGCUGUCUGGUACAGAUCGAAAACAAAAUUGAUCAAGCCAAUAUUCUAUAUAUAAAUGUAUCUGUACAGUAAUAAUGGUGUACAAUAUUUAGAAACUAUUGCUUUCAUGCCGAUACAAGGAAGAUGAAGAAUAUUCCUUGUAUCAGCAUGUAAGUAAUAAUUCAUAAACAUUGUGCACCAUUAUUACUGUACACAUACAUUUAUAUAUAGAAUAUUGGCUUGAUCAGUUUUCGAUUUGAAUCAGACAUCAUACUAAUUCUGGAUAUUGUAAUUUUAGCAUUUAAUAUUGCUGUAUCGGAGACCUGAUGAUGCUUUGUAUAUUAUAGAAAGUGAAACCGGUCGUCUAUGGUAAAAUAAAAGUGAUUGUGAGUAAGUUUAUUCAUUUAUUUCAUUUUGCAAUAAUUGUUAUGUAUUAUCAUACAGGCUAUAACUUUCCAAUAAUCUGAUACAAGAAAAAGUCUGUUAAGUUUUCUGAUAUGUAUUGUGGAAACUAAUACAUUAACCCACAGAAAGAAAAUUUUUUAAUCAGCAACAUACCUAUUCUGUUGGUUUUGAAGUUCACUGGCUCAGAUUUUUAAGUGCUUUUUAUGCUAGUCCAGGGCGCAUCUGUUUUGAGAUGGACGUUGAGAGGUGAUUCAUAUUUUUUGCAGAAAUUGCUUGGAAUUAACUCAUAAUUGAGUUAUCCUCCCACUCAGAAAGGUCUGGAACAUUGUUUAAAUAAUCAAAAUGUCAAAAAAUGAAGGAAAAUUCGAAUUUUUUCUUCUUUUUUUGAUUAUAACUUUCAAAGUAUUCACUUCCGAGAAAAGUUACACUAACAUAAAAGUUGCAUAAUUAAAUUUCCUACAAUAUAGGUUUUGUUACAAUUUUAAAAAUUGUCACCCUUGUUGCAAAAUAGCAAUAAUUUCGAAAAAACCAUAAAAAAACAAGUAGUAGCAUUUUACAUUUUUCACCCAUUUAUGCUACACUUAGUACCUUCAUAUUUUACACAAAAAAACUUUAUGAUAUAGUCAAACAAUACUGUAAAUUUGAUUAAGAUCGGUUCAAAAUAUUUUGCAAUCCAGCUUUCGCAAAAAAAAUUAUUUUUUUCAAAAUGUUGCAGGACUGAAAAUAAAGCAGAUAGCAAGUUGACAUUUUUUUUACAUAUAGUAGCAUACUGUACCUUUCAUUUGCAAUUUGCAAAAUUAAAGUCGAUUAACUACCACGGCGCCAGGAGUUUUUUUAAAUAAACAAUAAUUUUUUGUGCUACGCGCAGGACAGCGGUGUUCGAUUCACACAAGUGGAUUUCCAUCAAAAUUUCUUCCAAUCUUUAUCUAAUAUAUUAUUUUCUUACUCUAUAUUUUGUUGUAUUUUAAUAUUUUAUUUCUACAAAAAUCAAACUAAUUUGAUUAUUGCUUGUGAAAUAUUGUUUAAACAAUUGCAUAUGUCUAAAAAUAAUAAACUUUUAUUCUAAAGCUAAAAUAUAUGAACAAAGAAAGUUUUUGCUAAAAAAAGUUUUAUUUCAAAGGUCCGAGUAUGUGUUUUAUUUUGCAAUAAACAAAUUUAUUUAUUUAUAUCGAAAUGUACUAAAAAUUUUAAUUUAUCAAUCAUUAUCAAAGGUCAUUGGAAUGCCCAAUCAGAGCAAACUAUCCGCUGUCCUGCGCGUAGCACCAAAAAUUAAUGUUUAUUUAAAAAAAUUCCUGACGCCGCCGUGGUGGUUAACCGAUUUUAAUUUUGCAAAUCGCAAAUGAAAGGUAGAGUAUUCUUCUAUAUGUAAAAAGAAAUUCAACUUGCUGUCUGGUUCAUUUUCAGUCCUGCAACGUUUUGAAAAAAUGAAUUUUUUGCGAAAGCUGGAUUGCAAAAUCUAUUGAACUGAUCUUAAUGAAAUUCACAGUAUUAUUUUAUUAAAUGAUAAAGUUUUUCUGGGUAAAACAUGAAGGUUCUAAGUGUAGCAUAAAUGGUUGAAAACCGUAAAAUGCGAAUACUUGUUUUUUCGCAAUUAUUGGCAUUUUACAACAAGGGUGACAAUGUUUAAAAUAUUUAACUAAUCCUAUAUUGUAGAAAAUUUAAUUACGUAACUUUUAUGUCAGUGCAACUUUUCUCGGAAAUGAAUACUUUUAAAGUUAUAAUCAAAAAACGAAGAAAAAAAUCGAAUUUUUCCUUCAUUUUUUGACAUUUUGAUCAUUUAAACAAUGUUCCGGACCUUUUUGAAUGGGAGGAUAACUCAAAUAUUAUUAUAUGAGUUAUUUUCAAGCAAUUUUUGCAAAAAAAUAUGAGUCCAAACGUUUCUCAACGUCCAAAUGUACUAAUAUUUUUACAGAUGCGGGCUCAAGUUUACCUUGUCUUUUCCUUACAUAAAGGGGUUUAAAAACUCAAAUUUUUUCUAAUGUUUCCAGAACCAUAUUUUAAUACAGAAUUAUUUUAUUUUAAUAUCACAAUAUGGUCUCGAUUAUCCAAUUAUUCUUAUGAUGUUCAAGUUGAGAGAAAUGCUACAGGUAGGUUGGAUAAUACUCAUAGAAUAUAUUUGUAUCUUUAAUAGAAAAUAUUUUCUAUAUCCUUAAUUAUUGCUGCUUUAAAUGUAUAUCCAAAUAAAAAAGGCGUGUUAUCCAAAAUAUCCAAACCUUGUUAUUGGGGAAUAUGACAAAGCUCAAAAUAUUUAAAGCUAUACUAUACUACAUUUACAAUCAAGGUGCAGUAGAAAUAAACAAACUAAGACUCGUUAAAUGCAACUAGGAGCACUCCCAAAUCAUAAUUUACAAUGUAUAAACUUUGGAAAUCAUGAUUUGGGAUUUACCAUGUAAUACAUUGUAAAUUAUGUUUUGGGAGUGCUCCUUGUAUGCUUUUUCUCAUGAGGAUCUUUCAGUGCGUCACAGUUUUUCGAUUUCUUUUUAACGCAUUAAAUUGUAUGUGACAGAAAAAAUAAAAAACGCACGUCGGUGACAUUUAUAACAUUUAUUCUAGUUGUCAAUAGAUGAUGCUAUAAUCGAAAAAAAAAUUAUUUACUAAUUAUAUAAUAUAUCUACGAAUAUAAUCUGUACAAUUUAUGACUAUACAAAUCAAAGAAAAUACCAUUUUAUAAAUGCAAUAAACUCAAUUGAUUUGUUUUUAUUCCAAAUUGAAAAUAAAAUGUGACAACUGUCAGAUUUAACUAAAAUGUCAUGUUAGAAUAAAUGUCAUAAAUGUGUAUUAUCACGGACUUACCUUUUUUUUUUCUAUCAUUUGUGACGCACUGAAAAAUGCUCAUGAAAAGAAGCUUAACAUUCAACUUGUCUUGAUUUGUUUAUUUCUAGUGCAUCUUUAUUGUGAUUUUAGUAUAGUGUUUAUAUGAUUAAUUUUAUCUUUUAAAGUGAUAAGUGUUUUAAUUUGAACCCUCAAUAACAAAAAAUUUUUACUAACUUAUCAGAGUCUUAUUACAUUUUGGAAGUAAUCAAGUAUAAUAAUUUAUAAUGUUCUUUUGAAAUAGGCUUAAACUUCUGAAGCAAAAUAAUGAUUCUUGCAGUGUAAUUAUUGAAAUAUACACAGACUCCCUUUGACACUGUUCUAUGAUAAUAAGAAACCUGUUGAAUUUUAGAAACAUUCAUUAACGAAAUUAUAACAGCUGUUUAUUAUUUACCUCUUUUAUAAACCAUUAUUUGUAAAACCUACUUUACAAAAUUUCAUUUUGAAUUCAAUUUAAAACUUAAACAUUGAUGGAUUCGACGGUUACUUGAUGGACAUUCAUUUUAUCCAGGAAUAAAACACUGAAAACUUUUGUAUUCACUACUUCCACAAAAUUUAUUAUAAGUUAAUGUCACUAUUGCAGUGUCGGUAGAGUGCCUUUCUUAAGUGAUGUAUUUUACUAAUGAUGUGCGCUUUUGGUCUUUCAGAAUUUUCUCAGCCUUUUAUGUUCUGCUACACGUUUGUCAAACGUUCUGCCAGUCUGACCGAUGUAAGUUUUUGGACAGUCACCACAUAUCAGUUUGUAUACACCACCCUGUAAUUGCGUAUGUAAUAAUAAUAGCCAAAAGAAACAUUGAUUACAGAGUGGUGUAUACAAACUGACAAGUGGUGACUGUCCAAAACUUACAUCGGCCAAACUGGCAGAACCUUUGACAAACAGAUAGCAGAACACAAAAGGGCAUUCAAUAAUAAAAAAAAAACAGAUUCUACUCUUCACCUUCUAGAUCAUAAUCAUUCUUUUAAGGAACAGUUUUAAACUCUUCA